ACUUGUGUCUCGAGAGAGCAAAUUGCGGAGCCACGAUUGUAGGCGAAGAGAGCAGAGUCGCUGUCAGUGAGUGUCACAUGGCGCCAUGCGACUCUCACGGACAACGGCUGUCUUCGCAUACAAUCGUGGCUCCGCAAUUUGCUCACCCGAGACACAAGUGAGCUGCAAGUGAGUAUAUUACACAGCGGGGUGCUUUGCAGACAGCGUGUAUAUACCAUAUGGCCGUCAAACCGAUGUCUGUGUUUGUCGUCGAUUAAAAUAAGGAGACAUGACCGCUGAUUGGGAUGAAGUGAAGCGACUGGCCGCGGACUUUCAGAGAGCUCAACUUAGUUCCACGGUUCAGAGGCUUUCAGAAAGGAAUUGCAUCGAACUCAUUACAAGGCUUAUUGAAGACAAAUUAUUAGAUGUUGUGUUUACAACAGAUGGGAAAGAAUAUGUUACGCCACAGCAAUUAAGUCGAGAAAUUGAGGAUGAAUUGUAUGUCCAUGGUGGGCGUGUUGAUAUUGUGGAGCUUUCCAAAAUACUGAACGUUGAUUUGAGUCACAUAUCAGCUCAAGUACUCCAAAUUGAAAAUCAAAAUAAGAAUGUGAAAUUGGUCCUUGGUCAACUUUUGGGUAAAUCGUACAUCAAUCGUGUGAUUCAAGAAAUAAAUGAAAAACUGAUGCUGCAAGGACAGAUUACUGUCUCUGAGUUAACUCGACAAUACGAUCUACCUCCAGAAUUUCUCUUGUCUCUUAUAGAGAAAAAUCUUGGAAAAUCUAUUCAUGGAAAACAGGAUGCAACAGACCGUCAAGUGUUCUUCACAGAUGCUUUUCUGCAUCGAAACAAGGCUUGCCUCCGUGGUGCGCUUAUGGCUGCCACUUGCCCUACAUCAGUGGCCCAUCUCUUGUCACAGAGUGGUGUUCAGCAACGUAUCUUCUCAUGCAAGUCUUUAAAAUUGUGAUUGAUAAUUGUUUUUGUUAUUUCUAGUGUCUUCCAACACCUCAGAUAAUGAGUAAUUUUAAUUUUUUUCCUAUAUAAUAUGAAUCUCUGAAGUGCAAAUAAGUUUAUUUGUAGAUCCCUGUGUUUCAUAAAGUUCCCUGAUUAAAGAGAUAAGUCUUCAUCUCUUCUAUUUAUAUACACGUUUUGACUAUUAAAAGUAAAUUCUAACUGACAAUUACUGUCUGGUCAAAAGGUAUUAUUGAUAGCUUAUUGGAAAGAAAGCAAGUUCCUGGUGUCAUUACUGGCAGUCAAUCUGGAAAUAGCCUGUACAUACCAUCUGUUUAUUCUAAAGCACAAAAUGACUGGAUUAAUAAUUUUUACAGGCAGAACGGUUACCUUGAAUAUGAUUCUUUGGGAAGAUUGGGAAUUGGUGACCCUACAUCAUUUAUCCAGAGAAAUUUUCAAAGUGAGAAAUUGCUGCUGUUGAAGUCAUGUGCUGUUGGUGAACAGCUGGUAAAUCAAGUGGAAGCUGCAUUAGAAGAAGCAAUCGCAACCAGUAGCUUUGUGGAUGUAAUGACCCAUUUACCUUCCAUGUUUGAAGCUGAGGACUGCACUAGAAUUGUUAAUGAAGUACUGAAGAUUAUGAAAACAAAAAAUCCUGUACAGAAUGUUAAUGUUUUCUGUGACACUUAUGUUGUUCCUGAUCUUCUUAUACAGAAUCUGAUCAAGGGUUUUGAUCCACUUAUCAAGCAAAAGGCUCAAGAGGCUGUUUCUUCAGGUGCCUAUAUUUCUUCUCAAGCAGAAAUGAAAAUUCACAGUAGUAAAAUGAGUGUGGAUCAUGAAGAUUCCAAAAUAGACAAAAAAGAAGAAAGACGGAAGAAAGCAACUGGUGGAAAGGGUGGAGGAGGUACUCAGGGGCGUGAAACUAAAACUAAAUCAACAAAGAAGAAAUAUUUGCGUGGAAAAGGUGGUGCAGAUGACUGGGAUAGUGAUGAUGAUAGAGAUUCCUCUGCUGCAUCUGGAAACAAAACCUCUAAACAAUCUGCUGGCAAAUUAGAGUUACUCUCUUUUUCUGUAAUUCACAAUUUGUUAGCAGGAAAUGAAGUUUUUCAAAAUGAAGAAUGUGAGGAACUUGUAGAAGAAAUAGCAAAACAAAUUUAUCCUGCCUUAAACAAAAUUGCUCUCGCUGAAGCUAAAGUAGUUUUUGAAAGUACAAUGGCAUCAACAGCACAAACAAGGCGAAAGACACAUAGUGAAUUACAGGAAAAAUUGAAUGCAUUGGUUUCAAAUGUGCGCAUGUUUGACAAAGGAAUCAAAGUUUUUUCUGACAAUGAAUUACAACAACAGCUCAGCAAGUAUCUUCUGAAAAGUUUGUGUACAGAUAUAGCAAAUGAUGUAUUUUCCUACAUUGCUCAGGAAAAUAUGAUUCAAUUUGACCAGUCAAAAGAAAUGACUCCAGAGAUGCGAUUGAAAAUGAUUAAUGAAGUUCCCAAUGAUGCCAAGGAGCCUUUAUCAAAACUUCAUAAAUCUUUGAGUGGCUCAUCCAUUGACAAUUUUCUUUCUUCCCUUGAAGCAAGCAUAGGACCUGGAUUGUGUGAUAUGAUCCUACGAAAACAAGACAAAAGGAAAGAAAGGCCUCAGAUAUAUGCUCAUCGUCAAUCUUUACUAGAACAACUAUCAGUUGUGCAGGAUCCAGCAGUUGUGCUUCACAUUGCCAGUCUUAUCCUAUUUCAAACUUUAACCCAGAGUAUUCUUCAUGCUUCAGGGAGAUUUGUAUCAAACAUUCUAUCUUUCCUUCAACCUCAACUUCCAGCAGAGAUGUAUAACUCGUUUCAGCAGUAUCAUGAUAUGGUAUUGAAGCUGCUAAAAACAGAUGAGAAUGAUCCAGAUCAUGUGGCUCUUAUUACUCUAUUACAAAAUGGUAUGUCAGGGAUUAAAGAAAUGGCUUCCACUUUCAAAAGGCCAUCCACUUCAGAGAAAUCCUAAGAUAAUGCAAUAAAAGAGGGUCUAUGGGCAUUUUUGAUUGUAUGAUUGGUGCAAUGGUUUGUUCUGAGAGCAGUUAUCUUUUUAAAAGUCUAAUGAUAUUUAAUAAAUAAGAUAUAUAAAA